AUGUCAUAUAAUUCAAUCCAAUAAGUACUUGAGUCAUUUUUAUUUAAUCAAGACUUUAACCAAAGAAAAACAGCCGAAGAUUUUUUAAACCAAAUUCCCAACGUUGAUUUUUACGGAGGAUUAAACCAAUAUCUAUCUGCCUUAUCUCUUCCCAAAUCAGAAUUAUCUGAAUUAGCCGCCUUAAUGCUAAAAAAGCAAUAUAUAGAUAAUGAAGAUAAUUUACAAAAAAUCUCGAUUGAGCAAUAAACUGAAAUAUUACAAAAAGUAUAACAAUCAAUAACCUCAACUCCCCGAAACUAUCUCUAUAUAAAACGCGCUGUAGAAAUAAUCAUAAAGCUCUACACUCUCCAAAAGCGUACUUUAGAUCUAAUAAAUUUUCUAAACUAAUAAAAAACCACCUCUGAUAUAAAUUUAAAAAAAGGCUUAACUUAUUUAAUAGAAACAAUGUGUGAAUAUUCCCUAGAUGAUGAUGAUUUAAUGAAAUAUUUUAAUGAAAUUUCACAAAUAUUAACCAUAUAUAUGGAAGAUAAGGAAAUCUAAGUCCGCGCCUAUGCGUUUAAGAGUUUAAUAGGUUUUUUAUGCGCAGUAUAGGAAGACAAAUUAUUAAAAAAUUUUGAGUAAAUUUUCCCUAAUUUAAUAAAAAAAUGUGUCGAAUGUAUAUAAAUAGACUAAUUAGAAUCUGGUACUAUUACAUUAAAUUCUCUUAUAGACCUAAUUGAAAUUCACCCCAAGUUUACAAAAAACUUCACUAAUGACUUUUUGGCUUUAUUUAAUGAAAUUCUCACCUCUAACCUUUCUUAAUCUAUUAAAAUAAAAAGUCUAUCCGGUAUCAUGGUUUUAGCCUAAAAUAAUCCAAAUUUAUUGAGAAAAAACACUGAUUUCAAAUAAAAGACAGUCCCUAUAUUCAUCUAAAUGAUUUCCUUGGCCAAAGACCUCCCAUUUGACGAAUGGUCUGAAUAAAUAUUAGACUAAGCCUUAUCUAAAAAUGACUUAAGUAGUGCCGCGGAAGACAUUUUAGGUAAAAUCGGGGAAAGUUUAAGCAAUAAGUUCCUCUUCCCGAUUUUCUUUCCUUUAAUAAUUUAAGCAUUAAAUUAAGAAGAAUGGAAUUUCAUACGCUCUGGUCUUGUAUGUAUUUCCCAACUAAUAAACGAGAGUGGCGAGAUGAUAAAAAAAGAAAUAAAAAACGUAAUGAGUUUAUUAUAAAAAAUCUAAAAAAAGUCCUUUUAAAAAAAAGAAGACUAAAUAAGAAUCCAAUACGACAUCCUGACUACUUACGCCUCUCUUUGUGUAGAAUACUACCCUAAUAUACAAUACGAAUACUUUGAAACAAUAUUUUCAUGUGUGCUUGAAAAUAUAAAAAGUGAUAAUUUAAAAUUGUAAUUUCGUGCUGUUUCCACAAUAAUAAAUUUCUUUAAAGAAAUAAUAGAAGAGGAUGAAGAUGAAUAAUCAUAAAAAAACAUUAAAUUAAUUUUUGAAAAAUACUCAGAUAAUUUAUUAGAAGGAAUUGCCUUUGUAUUUUCCUAAAAUUUAAAUUCUAAAAAAUCCUAUUCUCAUCUAAGAGUACUUGAAGAGACUUUAAUUGCACUUUCAACAAUAGCAAUUUCUCUUUAAAAUGCUUUUUCUAAAUACUAUAAUACAUUUAUGCCUGGUUUAACUAUUAUUUUAUAGACUAUAUAGCCCACAACUCCUUAAGAAAUCAGUAUUAGGACCUACACUAUAGAAUGUAUGGGCUAUUUAUUAACUUCAAUUAAAGAAAAUAAAUAGAUUUUUAACUAAGACUGUCCUGGAAUAAUGAACGAAUUGAUAGCUAUGUAAAACAAUCCCAAUAUAGAAGAAGACGACCCUCAUCAUGCUCCUAUUUUUCUAGUUUACGGCUAAGUAGCUGAAGCUUUAUAGGGAGAUUUUUCAGUUUAUUUACCUUAAGUUAUUAAUAAAGUUUUAAAAGGAAUUGAUAUUGAAAUAAACGUGAAAAUUAGUGAAGAUGAGAAAACUAACGUAAAAGAUAAUAAUAAAAUUCAAAAACUAAACCUCGAUUUUGGUAUAUAUGGGGGACUUAAAACCCUAUAAAUAAACACGUCAGCCCUAGAAUAGAAAAUAGAAGCUUUUAACACACUCUAAGUAAUAAUAAAUGUGAUGAAAAACUACGAUUUUUCUUAAUAUAUAUAAGUUUGUGUUUAGAAAAUUUCCUAAUAUAUAGGAUUUAAAUACUCUUCCGAAAUCAAAGAAGUGGCCAUAAAGUCUGUAAAACACCUUAUUUUAGCCUCCAAAAACGACAAUCCUUAAAAGGAAUAAAUUUAUAACAUUUUUUUACCUUUAUUAUAAGUUUAAUUACAAAAUUGUAUAAAAGAAGAAAAUGUAGAUGAUUGCAUUUUAAUUAUAUCCAAUUUGGCUGAAUGUUUGAAAAAUAUAAAAUCUUUUAGUCAUGAUAAUAGUAUUAUUUUUGAAUAAAUAAUUGAUUUAUGUUUAGAAUGUUAAAAACUGUCAAAAAAAUAAAAAAAAAAUAUAAUUAAAGAAUACGAAAAUUAAGAUAUGGACGAGCACACUCAGGAAGAAUUCGAAAAUAAAUACGAUGAAGCAAAUGAAAUAAUGGAAUCUAUGAUAGAUAUUAUUGGACAAGCAUUGAGAUUAUACAAAAAUCUGGAAAACAAAAUCGUUAAUAAUCUACUUCCAGAUUUUUAUGAAGUUUUUAAUAAAGAAAAAAGUUCUGAUAAUGAAAUAAAUAUAGCUAUUUGCGUAUUUGAUGAAGUCUUUUAAAAUAGUUCUUAAAAC